UGGAGACCCAGGUCCUUGCACAAACAAGCUUUGGAGACAAACGACCUCAUGACCCUUUGAGGCCGGCAAAACUCGAGAAAGGGCCCUUGGGUCUGGACCCCACAGAAGGUCCAGCAGACUGAGAGGACUUCAAGGAAGGAUCCCAGACUGAAAGCCUCCUCCCAGACAGGGGGCUCUCCAGACUGAGGGGCCAUCAUGCAGGGGUCCCCGAGACUUCGAAAGGAUCCCCAGACUGUGAGACUUAAAGAGGAAGGGGUUUCCGGAAGUGAACGUUCCUUCCCUCACCUACACUGAGGUUAGCCCCGUGAGGACACCAGCUCUAGCCCCAGGGUCAUAAUGGCAGCUGAGCCACUGACCGAGCUGGAGGCGGCCAUCGAGACAGUGGUCACCACCUUCUUCACCUUUGCAGGGCGGGAGGGCCGGAAGGGCAGCCUCAGCAUCGAUGAGUUCAAGGAGCUGGUCACUCAGCAGUUGCCUCACCUGCUCAAGGAUGUGGGCUCCUUAGAUGAGAAGAUGAAGAGCUUGGAUGUGAAUCAGGACUCAGAGCUCAAGUUCAAUGAAUACUGGAGACUGAUUGGGGAGCUGGCCAAGGAGCUCAGGAAGGAGAAGGUCCUGGAGAUCCGGAAGAAGUAAAGCGGGCUGGCCGGGAUGAAGGCGGGCAUGGCAGGUCUCUGCGGAACCCUACUCUCCCCCAAAUAAAGUUUCCUCCUUGAAA